UGACAUAACCAGGCAGGAAGGCAGGUGAAGGGUCAAGGUUAAAGAGCAAAGGUAACGCGGCAUGUGAGCCAGUUGAAAACAUGGGUGCAGUGUUCUGUUGUUGUGAUAAUAACGUGAGGGAGGAAGGUGCUACGCCAAAAACUCCAUUGCUGAGUGGUGCACAAAGUAAACCUGUGGUAUCACAAAAUCAAGAAGUGUCCUUUGCUCAGGAAGAUCAUGCUCCUCAAUCAGGACACUCAGUGCGUCAGCACCGGCCUGAUGCGAUAAAAAAUCAAGAGUUUGGUAAGGGAGAUGUUGUGACAUCAGUGGACCAAUUAGAAUCUGUGACCCUGACACAGCUUCCACCUCAGUUCCCAACACUCAACAAAACGUUUCAGGACCAUGGAAAACUGUACAACGAACUGUACAGCAACUUCAAAGACAUGCGGCAGUCACUGAAUGACUUUAAGGGGAAGUUUGUACAAGAAACAGCUGGCAUUCCAAUCAUUGCUGAUUGCCUUAAAGUGCUUUCAGCAAGAUGUGGUGGAGCUAAAAUAUCUGCACAACGCCAGAAGAAUUGCAUUCAGCUCAUGUUUGACCAAAGGGAAGUGUCAGAAAAUUGUUCUGGACUACCUGAGGAUGCAUUGGAACCAUUGGAGCUCUACAACAAGGUGAAUAGGCUGAUAAAAGGAGUGCUUGACAAGGCUCCGCAGGUCAACAAGUCUUUGGGACUUGUGCUUGAAGAUGAGCAAAACUUGAGGAAAGUGAUCACAAAGAGUGAUCUUCCUCCAAAAGAAGCAUCAGAAGCCUUACAUGCAUGCAUUGAGAACAUUAGUCGCCUUCGAAAACUGCCAGGCUUCAUUGAGAUAAUUGAAAAGUAUACGCACAAGAUAUUUCUUGAGAUUCUAGAAGGUUCUAAGGUGCUGUUAGAAGAAAAAGAAGUACAAAGGUAAAUAAAACGAAAGAAGAAAGAUGCAGGUAGCAUUAUUUUGAUUAAGGGGAACAUGGCAUUGUUUUGUUAGCGCUUUUUCCUACAGGGUUUCUUUGACUGUUGAUUCCAUGGAGUGAUAGAUUAUGUUCAGAAUAGAGUAGUCCUAGAAGAACAUAACCAUUGGUCGCCAUGGAAACAAUCUGCAAUAGCUUCCAAACAUUAAAUUUUAAAUUUAUACAAUUACCUGCAAGAGUGCAAGUUUGUAAUUGUACAUGGAUUUAUAUGCAUCCAUGCAGAAGUUUUCAUUUUUACUUAUCUUCUCUGUUUUUAGAAAAAGGUGGUGUUUGUCAGCUUAAUGCAGGGUUAACAGGCAGCUUUUUUCUUAGGAAAUACAUCCUAUAGCAGACCGUGGGCAAAGGCCGGCCCGCCUCCUGUCUCUGACCGGCCCGCCCGCUGUCCCGCCCGCCAGUAUAUAUACUAUAUAUACAGUAUUGGGUAAAACUGAGUUAACUAUAUUAGUCCGGCCCUCUAAAACCAUCACAAUUUCUCAUGUGGCCCCUUGGGAAAAUUAAUUGCCCACCCCCCUAUAGGCUGGUGAAAGUUCUGGUGGAGGAUAAUUUUUGUCUCCUCCACUCACCUGCUGGGAUCUUGUUUCCUAGUCUAUAUAAUAGAGUGGCUAGAUUUUGUUAGUGUAACUUAUCACAUAUCUUUUUUUUAUCACAUAACUUAUCACAUAUCUUCUGCCACUUUUCUUCUCACUAUCUGUUAACAGUCUUGUGUCUUGGAUGCAAGAGGGUAAAGGAUGUAAAGACACGUGUCUCCGUUAGUUGAUUUUACAUUUUGGAUUCAAGACUGUAAAUAAUGGGAAGACAUUCUCUGAUUUCUGGUCAAGUCUUGAAUAUAAGACUGUAAUGAUGUACAAGCAUUCUAUUUCUCUAGUAGUUCUGUGUAACAAAUACUGUGACCUUGUACUUCUGUUCCAUGAAUGCCACAUAAAUUGUAAUGUUGCUAAGGACUGCUGUAUGCACUAGUAUUACCUUCAUUUUUACCUUUUUAAUGUUGAUGGCAACUUACAGGCUUCUUUAUUGACUAAGGAAAUUGGGUAGGAGGAGAGUUGGCUACAACUAUACUCCAUUGGCUUUGGAUUGCAUCGUAACUAUUUUUGGAAAAAGAUUGUCUUGGUAAGAGAAUAGAUUUUUUUUCAUUACUUUUGUUAAUUGUAACUGUGAUAUCAGCAACAUUCCAUAAUUAAUUUCAUGUUGUUAAAUUCUUUUAUCAAAUAUGUUAACUUGAACAAAUUGAUGAUUCUGUGAUUUGUAAGGCACUUUUAUGUGUACAAAGGCUCAACUUUAUGUGAUGUAAUAGUGAUGAAGAGCUAACUGAUGUAAAAUGGGGGUGGCGAAGCAGACAGCUGAGUGGCUAGAGCACUAGCAUCUGAAACAAGUGGUGUGCCAUGUCGAUGCCUGGUUUUUCCCCCAGUCAACCCAGCUGUCAGGAGUGGGUACUUGACUCCACAGAGGGUUAGGGAAAGUAAAGCAGCAAGGGAGAAGAGAUGGGCACCAUGUAAAGCUGACCUAGAGAAAACCUCACUCCCCCGUGACCAACAAACUACAAUAGAGAAUGACCUUUACCCUUGCCUUCACCUAGUGUAUAUAUACAUACACAGACUUUUAUGUUAAUCUGAUUAAUGCUGGUAAUUUUAUCAUUCUUAAAAUUCUAAAAUUUUCUUUUCAUGUUGUUUAUGACAGAAUUUUACAAAAUGGCAUGCUAGUAUUAACUGUACAAACUUUGUGCAAGUCACAAUCUUAUGCGAUCAAGUCAAUCAGAUCAUUUGAAAUUUAUUUAUAAGGCAUAUUUGAUGCAUAUUAUAAGUGCUAGGUGCUUCAGUGGUGUAGAAAGAAACUACCAAAAAACUGUAUAUUUUCUUAAACUGAAAAAAAUUGUAAUGGUGGACAAAGGGUGCUCUGAUGAAAAAAAAGGCCAGAUGGUGGUUCAUCAGCCAUUUGGCUGACUGCCAAACUGUUUGGUAAAGCAGACAAGGCAGAUAAGUAUUAAUAAUUUAAAUCCCUUUUUUUUUUAACUGCUCACUAUUGGAGCACACUGCUUUUCCCAUUGGCUUCAGCCCUCGGAUGUCAUCAAAGUCACUUUGUUCACUACGACAGUAUGUCCAUAGAGCUUCCAAGUCUUCAUUGUUCCAGCCCUAUGACUGGUGACUGCCUCUUGCUUUCACAUCAUAUAACUCCUGACAUCUGUGAAUUUUAAAUUUAUAUUUCUAAACUCAGAUAGUUUUUACAAACAUUUAUUUUUGCACUGCAAACAUUUGAUAAGUCAUUGUAAACAAAUUCUGACUUUUCUUGUUUUUCCUGAGAGGGGAGAGAGUGCUGUGCGAUAUAAAUUCACACAUUUAUUUGGAGAACACAUCUUACUAGACAAACAGUUUUUCUUUCUCUCUCUCUUUCUUUUGGAAUAUAUAUGUUGCAUUAUAUAUAGCAUAGUGUACUUUUCUUGUUUGUAUCAAAUACACAGCAUACAGGAUGGUUCAAGUUUUUUAGUUGCAUCAUGUUUGUAUCAUAUUAGUAUUCUAGAGUUACAUUUAUUGGAAUCAAAGGUGUGGAAAGAGACUGAAAAGUUAGAAAAAACAAGGUUUUUAAUAAUGAAUGCUCAUGUUAGAUGGCAAGACCAUUGUGCUUAUAAUGGAGGUUUAAAACCUAUUGAUCUUUUUUAAUGAUUGACAUUCUUGAUGAUAUUUUACUGCUUUAUUAUCACUGUAAUGAGUGUUGAUUUUAACCAGUAUUGCUAAAUUUGAAAUCCACUGGCUGGUGGCUGUUGCUCUAAAAGUUACUGCAGCACCUUCAUUAGAAGCUAAGAACAAGAUCGAACUAUGCAGGUACCUUGUUGAUCAUAUUAAUCAGUCUCUUUAAAUGACUGAAGUCAUAAUAAAAACAGUUAAAGUUGUC